AUGUCGGACGCAAACCUUCUUAACCAAGCUGUGAAAGUUACAAAUACCGCCAAAGUGGGAAAGUCUCUUGUCAACAAACAACCCCCGCUGAGAAUCAGUCUCGAGCUCGACUUAAUUCAGCUCUAUAGCUUUCCUAUCGAUGGCAAGGAGCUGGAAUUCGGUGAUCUUUUGUACCUGAUGAAAAACGACAACGAAAAUUCCAGAGCCAUCGUCCGACAGCACGUUAGUCACGUUAUUUCUCCCCACACACCCAAGAAGCCAUUCCUUGAAAGAGACCUUCGCUUCAAAGCUUUCGAUACUUGGAGUGUAAUCGGAGGUGAACAGGUUGAAGUAGAGUGCUUGCGUGGUGCAAGAAUCAAACGCUAUGAUGUGAAAGUCACCUCACCAGAACUCAACUUCAGUUAUCAAGCCUUCGAUCAGGUGCGCAACGUCUACAACGCUGUCGCCAAAAACGGUCACACUUCCAUCAGUGACCGUUGUUUCUUAAGGGUGAACAUUAUCAGUGACGAUACUAUCCUCAAAUUUCCGGUUAUGCGAAAUCUUAUGGCUAUUUUGUGGACCUUUGAGCCACAUAUCGAACGAGCCCAUAGAGAAUUACAUCUCAUAGAAAAGUACGGUUCUGCGGGCCUUCGUCGAUCCAAGAAUACUUCGACAAUUCUCGGAGAUCCUCUCAAAGCUUUAGAGGAGAUUAUGAAGUGUAAUUACUUGUCCGAAUUAGGCAAAUUACUCCGCAUAGAUGAUAGCUCUGCCUACAUUUUCGAUACACGGCAUUACGGCUUUGACUGUUAUACUUAUGCUGGUAGUUCCGAGGACGAUAGUUCAGAUGAUGGCUGUCCGGAUGACGAUGAUUCUGAGAAGGUACAUGCGCAGAAGGCUGAUGUUAAGAAAGCUCAGCUUCCAAAAUUAGUACAAGCUGGGAGCCAAAACAUCGUCUUCAGACAACAUCGCGGAACUUUGGAUGUUGAAGAAGCUAUAAACUGGGUUCUUUUGUGUCGUGGCUUUGUCAACCUUGCACAAUCAAUGGAUUCGAUCAUCUUAAGCAGUUUGCUCAAGGCAUGGAUCAUAGUUCCUGAACGCAACGAUGUAUCUGUUCUUGUGGUCAUUAUCCGAGAAGUGCUAUGUCUUCCUGAAGUAGCUGGCUACUACGAAGAUAGAGGCAACGCAGUCGUUGAUGAACAGCAAGAUACUACCCCUAUUGCUUGA